UGCCCCGGCGACGAUUUCAAGUAAAAUGUGACGAAUAAACAAACCGAUUUUAUAUUUUAUUUCGUAUUUAAUUGAUAAAACAUUCUGUGAUUUUUAUGUGUACAGUUCGGUCGUAUUUUAAACGUCUUGCGUUCCUAAAUUUAAUUUUGUUAAACAAUCAUUACUUUAUUUAGUUUUUCGGAAGUGGAUCAAGGAUAUCCAAGUUAAUCAUUUACAUGUCAUCGAAAUAAUCAACGUCAGCGUGACACUUUUACCAUCCCUUUAAAAGAAUGUUUUACUCCCUCCAAUAACUUAAGAAAAUGCCACAUCCUAAAGAAAAAAUCUUCGAAAUAGACGAACACAUCUCCAGACGUUUCGACAUCCAGAAGCGUCUAGGAAAAGGCGCUUAUGGUAUCGUCUGGAAGGCCAUAGACCGUAAAACCAAGGAUGUCGUAGCCGUGAAGAAGAUUUUCGACGCUUUUCGCAACCAAACCGACGCCCAGCGAACAUUCCGUGAGAUUAUGUUCCUCCAAUCGCUCAAAAACCACCCAAAUAUCGUCAAGCUGUUCAGCAUCCACAGGGCGGCCAAUAACAGUGAUAUCUAUCUCGGGUUUGAGUAUAUGGAAACUGAUCUCCACAACGUUAUCAAAAAGGGCAUUUUGAAGGAUGUCCACAAGAAAUACGUAAUGUAUCAACUCCUCAAAGCAGUGAAAUAUAUUCAUUCGGGGAAUGUGAUUCACAGAGAUCUCAAGCCGAGUAACAUUCUUUUAGACGUCAUGUGCAGAUGCAAAAUAGCUGACUUCGGCCUGGCCCGCUCUUUAUACCAAGGUUCGGACAGUUUGAACGAAACCGAUCCAACUCUGACCGAUUACGUGGCAACAAGGUGGUACCGUGCUCCUGAAAUUUUAAUAGCAAAUCGGAGGUACACCAAGGGUAUAGACAUGUGGAGUCUUGGAUGCAUCCUGGGGGAGAUAACUGCAGGAAAACCGCUCUUCCCCGGCUCUUCAACAGUGAACCAAGUCGAGAAAAUCAUGGCUAGUAUACCAACACCAUCGCAAGAAGAUAUUAGUCAAGUUUGUGUGUCGGGGGUUGGUAUUUCAAUGAUUAAAAACGCAGCGUCCAGCGAGAAAGUACCUUUGAUUACACUACUAGGGAAAAAUGCGUGCAGAUCGUCCAUUUCUCUUAUAAAUAAGUUGCUAGUUUUCAAUCCGAAUAAAAGACUGACCGCUGAAGAAGCUCUAGAGCAUGAUUAUGUGUCACAGUUUCGUAACCCUGAUGAAGAAAUUGUGCUACCGCAUGAUAUCGUGAUCCCGUUUAAUGAUGACGUUCGUUUGUCGGUUGAAGAUUACAGGAAUAAGUUGUACGAGAUCAUGUCGACACAUCACGUUCGAAAUAAUAAGAGUUCUUGUCAUAAAAUCAAACCGUUCACCACUGAACUACCGACUAGGAUUACAAAAAGCUACGUCAAGUCGGUACUUAAUAAUAAAGAGCCAAAGUCUACAGGGACACAGUCUGAACCCAAAAUCAACUAUCACGCCAAAAGUAACAACCAUGUGGUGACGGUGAUUAAGUCCGACUCCAAAGUGAUCACUAAACAGAAUAUCCAGUUCCCGAAGAAUCUCAACUGUAGUAGAGUACAAGUACAUGAUAAAAACACGAGAGAAAAUGGAAGGAAGAGGUUUUCGAACGUGAGGAGUGACUUUACCACUUAUAAUAACUACAACCAGUCGCAUGGAAUUAUAACGCAGAGCACCCUCAUGGAACUGAAGGCGUCUGGAAUGCGGUAGCAGUUACAAGGGGGCAGUUUUGGUUUUAACACUUUACACAGUAUUAUCUACCGAUCACUUUUUGAUCUAUAUUGCAUAAGUGUUAUGCACUUGUACUUUUCAUAAUAAAAAAUUAUUAUACAA